AUGAAGCCGAUAGACAAUACAAAGGAAACGGUGACGUUUAGGGCGGUGGGCAGGGACGAAGAAGGGGGAAAGCGCGUGACGAAACACGAGGUGGAGACGCACAACAUCGACACGCUGAAACACAUAGAGAAGAAACUGAUGGACAAAGGGAUCCACCGGAAAGACCGCCGUCCGGCGAGCGGGAUUCCGCUGGGGAAGCAGUCGAAAUCCGGGCACGGCGGGAAGUUCACGUGGGAAGGUCCGGCGGACGAGGCGGAGUACGAGCUGGACGACGUGCCGGCGGCCAUCGACGAGAAGGAUCCAAACUACGUGGAUGAGGAGGCGGAGAAGAGCAUAUUGAGGGGAGAGGUUAGCGGCGUGGAGGGAAUGGUGGUCGGAGAAGUUGACGUGCCAAAGGUGGCGGCGGAAGGGGUUGCUAGAGUGGAUGUCCAUCAUCAGCUACAACCUAAUGCUUAA